UCUUAACUAAUUUUAAUCAAAACAUGUGAAACACUAUCCAGCGCUUGAUGUAAGCCUGCCUGAGCUGAAUCUCAGGGUCGGCCCCAGUUUGUUGCCUUUGGCUGCAGCUCUCUCCGCGGUUUGGGAUAUGGCUUGUCACUCUCACAAAGCAGAUGUUUGUCCAAACUGCCAAAAAGAAACAAAAACAACAUUGUGGGGAAGUGGAGGGGUGGGUAAGAGAAAAAAAGACAGAACUAUGACAGGAAGGUUGCCAUGUGGAGUCCUCCUGGAGGUAGGCAGAAGGAGGGAAACUGAUUUCUGGUUCAGCUGAGGUCUGUCCCGGUGUUGUCUUUGUAAUACAUCUGUUUCAACACCGCAUUCGGACCUACUCCCUCCACGUCAGACCCGAGUGCAGCACCAGAUACCGGAUACUUAACUUUAAUCAUCGUUCGGCAUAUUUAGCUGGAUAUGAUACCAUUGCUCUCCACUCACCCACGCACUCUCCCAGACACACACACACAGAGCAGAAAGUGAGCAAGCAAAGGGAGAGAUCCAUUUCUUUGAGGCCCUGGUGCAGAGCAGAGGUCGGAGUGAGGAAAGCAGGGGAAAGAAUGUGCAGCAGCACUACAACACCACAGCAGACUGGUGCUGGAAAAGGCUGAAACCUGAGAGGAGGCGCUGUGUUGGGUGUCAGGCCUGGAAGGUGCUGUGAUGGAGGGGCAGAAUAGGGAAGAUGGGAGAGGGGAGGAAAGAGGCAAGAUGAGAGAAAGCUGGAGAAAAUUAAAGAGAGUUGGACAUUAGAAAAAAGGGGAAGCGGAGAGAAGAAGAGUGGGUCAUUUCUGAGAACCGUGGGACCUCGCGGUGGUGUAGGGUGUCCCGCUCUGAUUUCUGCCCAUUCCGGAUCGGGUUUCUCCUCCAAUCCAGUUCCUCCAAAGCCACAGAGAGACGUUUGCAGAAAGCACAAUGAAUGAACUCCUGGGAUGGUACGGCUACGACAAGGUCGAGCUCCGGGAGUCCGAGGCCAACGAAAUCAGGAACUACAGAGAGAGGCGUCAGCAUGUGUCUGUGCUAAAAGAGAACUCCUUGCCAAAACCCAAAAGCUUGGACUCCAAAGUCAGUCACUCGGUCUUGACCAUGAAGAGCGGAGAGAGAGAAUCCUUUAAUAUCCUGACUUCUUCACCCUCUUCUUCCUCUACAAGUUCAUCUCUGACCUCCCCCAAGGGUGCCCCUGUCAUUGUUCCGCUCAUAAAGCCAUCAGCAGUGGAAGAUGUACAGAAUGUGCAAAUAGUCUGUGUUUGGUGCCAGAAGGAAGGUGUCAAACGAUACUCACUGUGUAUGGGCUCAGAGCUCAAGAGCUUCUGCAGCGAGAAGUGCUUCGCUGCCUGCAGGCGAGCCUACUUCAAACGCAACAAGGCCAGAGAUGAAGACCUCCAUGCUGAGAGAUCUCCUCAGCACCCACAUCCAGAGGAUUCACCCCGACUGGUGUUAAAGAUAAACACCAGUGUCAGAUCUCUUUCGCCUGUACCGCAGGUUUGUGACUGGUGCAAGCAUAUUCGGCAUACUAAAGAGUACCUGGACUUUGGAUCUGGAGAGGAACGACUUCAGUUCUGCAGCGUCAAAUGUCUAAACCAGUACAAGAUGGAUGUCUUCUACCGAGAAGCCCGUGCAGCUCUCACCAGCACCAGUUCCAGCCCAAGCAGGUCCAGUCAGGAAGGGAGGGUGGACGGAAGCGUGGUCGGGCAGAAGUUACUCACUCCUGAGUCUUGGAACAACAGCAACAAUCCUGGAGAAUCACGAAACCGAAAUGCCUCGCCUAAAGCAUCUGCAUCAGUUCACGGGACAGUAGAAUCCACGUCUGUCUCCUCCUCAGAAGCACCAUCUUCUUCUUCCUCUUCUUCAAAAAUCUCCGUGUCAGGGCUCAGGACUCUGGAGAGAUCCAUCCAGCCACCCCCACUGCCUUCUACAGCAGAGAUGUUGUCCCAUGCUUCUCCCCUUCCUCCUCCACUUAUUCCUCGCCCACACAUGGAUCAGAAACCGUUACCUCAAAUUCCCUUACCCUUCAUCAGACCCCCUCUUCAUGCUCAAGGCCUAAAAAGUCCUCUUUCCAAUCCUCCCAGACAUUCAGGCCCAGCCUCUAGCCCUAUCCACAGACCCACACACUCUCCACACCUACAGUCCUCCACAUCUACUUCCAUGAAUCCCCCUGGACUCAUGCAUCCCUUCCCAGGAGCAUAUUUCCCUGGCUUGCACUCCCCUCCACUGAACAUUAUGCCAAGAGGUCCUGUUCCAGUACCUCCCAUAAUGAAUUUUGGUAUUCCUUCUUUUAGUCCUCUUCUGCCCCAACCCACCGUCUUGGUGCCUUACCCCAUUAUCGUUCCCUUGCCUGUCCCCAUACCCAUUCCGAUUCCAAUUGCAGUCCCUCCCAAAGUAGCCCUUGACACUCCAAGUCACUGCGGAGUUAUCCAGCCUGUGCCAGAAGGGUUAGACAGGAGUAGAUCUAGAACAGGAAGGCCACCAUCCCCCGUCGUCUUUGAAGACAGCAGAUCAGAUGCCAACAAAUUGGGUGCAAACCUUUCUCGAAGCCUCACUUCACCAAGUGAGUCUAACUCAAGGGACUUAGAUUGGGUUAAAUCAGAGAGGCAGUUUCUGUCUCCAACAUUUACAUCUCAAAGUAAAGCAUCCUCCCCCAGAGCAGAUUCAGAGGAGCUGACAGACUAUAAGCAGACACAGACAGAGCGACAAGUCAUCCAAAGGGUUCUUCAAAGAACCCAAGUAAAGGUGGAGCCAAGUGCCAAUGGAAUGGGAGACCCAUCAGGACUGUGGGAGUCAGGAUCUGGGCAAGUUAACAGAUCAGGGCUCCACAAUGUCAUCAAACCAGCCCCUCCUUUAGCACAAUCCCCUUCACAGGACACUGUCUACCAACAUCAGGACUCCAACACUCCACCUUGCCAGACCCCACCAAGCCCCACGGAAAGCAGCCACUCCUCUGUUCUGACAACUCAGGACUGUCCUCAAAAUGGCACAUCCUCCUCAUCCACACCUGUUAGUAUGGACACUUCUCUACGACCAGCACCAACCCAAGACCCUUCGCUUAGUGAGCUGGAGGCUAUCAAAGAAAAUAAGUGCUCUGCUGUUAACCCGGCUGAGAGACCCGUCUGUCAGUUAGAAGGACCCUUAACAGUAGAUGGGGAUGUGGGAGAGGACCCUCAUGUUCUAGAUGAGGACCAUGCUUAUGCCUUGCCCACAGCUCCAAAAACUGGUGGGACCACCCCUCCCUUACUCUUGCCCAAACUCAGGGACAAGGGUAGCUUGCGGGGUCCUGCCAACAUACCCAGCGCGGGGGAUAUGGAGCCAGCUCUGAAGAGGCGGUGCCUUCGAAUCCGAGACCAGAAUAAAUAGAGGAUGGAGACUCCCUGUUGGACAUCAGCUGAAUGACACCAGUGCGAUCAUCCUCCAGCCUGCCCCUCAGCCGUAGGCGUUGCUCUGCCUGUACCAACCAGCAGGGCGCCAACCCAGGAAGCAGUCCAGAUGGCCGAGUCAUCACAGGUCAACAUCGCACAAGAAGAACGCACAACACAGCCACACAUUCUGGACCAAAACGUAUCGCUGAGCUCAGUGGGCGCUUGACAGGGAGCCACUCAGAGCCUCAUCUUGUCUGACAUUGCCCUCAAGCGUUUAUGUGAGUACAAGUUAGUGCGGCUGCUCCUCCUCCUCUUCCUACUCCUCCUCUCCUUGCUCAACGCAUCAGACAGCGCUCUGAUCAGCCUUGUGUGGUCUUCUCAGAUGGAGCCUGAACAUGAUCUCUUUCCAGGGGAAACGGUUUGUUUUCUCUGCCCAGCUUUUGCACAAAGAGCCACAUUGUUCCUCUCCUCAUAUCCCACACUGACUCCCGCUCUCCAGGUUUUGGGUUACCUGGCCGAUUGGGGCUCAGACUUCAGGAGCUUUUUAAAAUUAUUUUGGGCAGCAGCCAGGAAUAUAGUAUAGCCUUUUCUCCUCCGCUUAUACGCCCAAUAUAAAUACAGUGCACUCUAUCCCUCACAAGUGAUCACCUGAAAUUUGCCAGUCUGAGAGAAAACUGCGUGGAGGAAAACUCUAUCCUUGGGUAAGUUUUUCACUGUGUUUACAGAAUUCCCGAGGAGACGUUCGGUUUUCUCCUGAACACCUAUGAGGAUCCGGAGAAAUUCUAAAUAUCCAAGAUCACUAAUCGUCAUUGCAACGCUGGUAUGUAAAAGAGUGGUUUGCAGAUCAGCUGUGUCAACCAAACAUCAGAAAUCAGAAUGACCUGUAGCACCGAGUGCCAUGCAUGUUAGAACUCGCUUCAGACAUGACAGUGUAACUGAUCCAGAUUUUCUUUUUUUUUUUUUUUUUUUUGCUAAAUGUUUUCGGCUCUGGUUUACGAAAAUGAAAAGAUCAGACGUAUAAUAUUACCAGGUGUGGUAUUUUACACAAAAGCAUCAAAUGCUGUAGCAUACAGUGAUCAGUAUUACAGGUGGGGAUUCCUAAAUCCAGACGGAUCACUUUGGGACUUGUCAGCACUUGUCCCAUGUUUCUAGUUACUCUACACAGACAAUAUUUGAUGUUAUAAUAACUUAUGGAUGAAGAAUCUAUAGAUUUUCACAAAAAUGCUUUUGUCAUUUACAUUUUUUCUUCUUUGUUUUUUAUUAUUAUUAUAAUGUUUGCUAAAAGCCCUCCUUCAGUGCCCUUUGUUUUUUGUGUUUAUAUACUGCAUGCCCACUAGGGGGCAGUGUUUGACUGUGUUACUUUGCACCUGCCCAUUGUACAUAAUGCAUUCAGUGCCAUUUAUCUGUCAUCCUGUGCUGAAUUGAGUACUCUGACUCUCAUAUUUCUAAAUUUCUUUCAUUUUUAAUUUUAAAAAGCUGCCAUCAAAAGUUCUUAGAAUUUAAUUGAACUUGACUUUUUUAAGUUCUGACCCCACCGCCAUUCCAAAACCAACUAGUAUUUGCCUUUGUGUGCACUCCCACAACACCAUCUCCGCACGUAUUCCAGUCCUUAUCACCACAGGUCAUGCGUUUAUGACAGUGUCACCCUCAGACGGCAAGAGGACUCCAUCAGCAGCUCAUGUGAUUCAAUAAUGACAUCACUUCAGAUAAAUAACCUGCUAUGUCAUCAACUACUUCUCCCAUCUAAUGCCAAAAUUGCAUCACCACAAACUGCCAUUGUUGUAUUUUUACUUUAUUUCCCUCAAGUUGCUGCCAUUUCUCACGUGACAAUAAAAUUUUAUCAAGAAAACAUGUUGUGUAGAAUAUAAUGUAUAAAAGUCUGGCUUCCCUUUAUAAUUUAGCCUGUCAGAUUGUUUGUAUUGUUACCAAGAAUUUUGGUUGAAAUCACUUUGUAAAGUAAAAUAAAUAAAAGUUAUUCUAAGAGCGAAAAACA